AUGGCUGCCCAGUGGGGUCAGCUAAGGCAACCGACGGCCACAAUCUUGGAGCCCGGAAAGGCUCUCGAAGCAGGGUCAGUUGAAGCGGCGUGCACCGGCACUGGUGCCACCGCCGCAGCCGACGAUGUCUCUGCCGGAGACAUCGACCCCAGCGACCCCAGCAGUCCCGUUGUCGCAACCGGAGCAGAGACCGUCCCCGACAUCGUAGGAGCAGGCAUUGGCCCUCGAGGAGGCCUUUGCGGCGGCCCAGACACCGCCAGAGCCAGAGCAAGGCGACGAGGCUUGACAAGGGGGUCCGCCAAUGGCACAGAACCCACCUUCUCCUCCACCGCCACCACAGACGCCUGGGCCCCAGGGAGUGGGAGUGGGACGGAUAUAGAGAGUGAGAGUGGAUGUGAAACUGACAUGAGGAUUUAG